AUGCUUCUCUGGCAAUCACGCGAAGAGGAACGGCUUUGGACUCUGACACCCGCACGUUCAGGCAAGCAGUGGCAUGAACAGAAAAAGGCCUUUCGCCCAACCAAGGGCUUGACCACCUUUGAGAAACGAGCGAAAGAAAGAGCCGCUAUGGCUCAAAUGAAGGCAAAGGAGAAGGAGAUGAAGGAGGAGAAGGAGGCAAUGAGGAAGGAAAAAAUCGAGAAAAUCCGAGAAAAACGUGCCAAGAAGGAGGAAAAAGAGCGUUACGAGAAGAUGGCGGAGACGAUGCACCGCAAGCGCGUUGAGCGAUUGAAGAGAAAAGAGAAGCGCAACAAGCUUAUCAAUUCAUGA